AUGAUAGAGAUGGCCUUUGACUUGAAAUUUGAGUGGGAGGGGCCCGAGCAGUUUGCUGCCUUGGCAUCUCGUGCUGCUGCUCUAGGGUUUGCUGCUGUUGCUGCUAAUGUGUACAUACACCUGCCGCCUCCGCGGCAGCCACAAGCAGCAGCAACAACAGCAGCAGCAACAGCAGCAGCAACACUGGCAAAGGCUGUAAAGCAAGGGCUGCCCUUUCAGCAUCCUCUCCGUCUUCCUGUGUCCCUCUCGCCUCCGCGGCUACCAGCAGCAGCAGCAGCAACAGCAGCAACAGAAGCAGCAGAAGCAGCAUCAGGUCCUGCAGCUGCAGCGGGAACGCAGCAGCAACUCGUGCAGUGGCUGCCAGACACCGUACCUGCUCUCUACUCCCACACAAUCCAGCCACAGCCACAGCAGCAGCAACAGCAACAGCAGCAGCAGCAGCAGCAGCACCGUCAGCAGCAGCAGGUUGGCCGCGGCUGCGGCCCUCUGAGCAGCAAGCAAUGGGUAGAUCUAUUUCCUUAUGCUGCAGCAGCAACAGCAGCAGUGCAGCAGCAAGCAGCAGCAGCAGCACCAUGUGAGUUGCUGCAGCUGCGGCGAGUUACGGUUGUAUUAAGUUGCACAUCUGCUGCUGCUAGCUUCAGCUCCCUCUUCCCUAGAAACCCUCCCUUCUAUGCAGCAGCAGCAGCAGCAGCAGCAGGACAAGCAGCAGCAGAGAAGCAGGGUGCAUGCAUUGAGCUUCUUGCUGUACAGCCAACUAAUGAGGAGACGUGGCAGUUUGCAUGCAGCAGCUGCGAGUGUGAUAUUAUUGCCAUUGAUUUUGCUGCUGCUGCUGCUGCAGCUGCUGCUGCUACAGGUGCAGCAGCAGCACCAGCAGCAGCAGGAAUACCCUUUACUAUCCGCAGGCGUCAUGUGCUGCAGGCAGCAAGAAGGGGUGUCUUCUUUGAGGUGUCUCUAGCAGACUUGCUGCCGCAGCAGAAGAAGCAAGAUGCAGCAGCAGCAGCAGCUGCUGCUGCUGCUGCUGCAGCAACAGCAGCAGAAGGUAGCGGCAGCGCGGAGGUAAUGGCUAAUCUGCAUCGUCUGCUGCGUUUUGUACCCCCGAAGCAGCUGCUGCUGUCAUCUGGUGCAGCAAACCCUCAGCAGCUGCUGCCUCCAGCUGCUGCUGCUGCUGUUGCUGCUGCACUCGGCAUCUGCAGCAACAGAGUAGCAGCAACCAACAGCAGCGCAGCAGCAGCAAUUGGCCGCGGUGCUGCUUCGCAUGCACCAGGCGGUUCUGUUACUCAGGGCUGGCCAUCUGCUGCUGCUGCAACAGCAGCAGCAGAUGGUGGCCUUGCUGCAGCAGCAGCAGCAGCAAAUAUGCCUGCAUCUGUUCUACAGCAACUGAUGGCUGUGCGGCAGCUGCUGCUGCAGCAGCAGUAA